AUGAUUCACGUUCAUGGUAUAUUCACGUCGCAGCGAUACGCCGCUCAACAACUAAACAUAAAAAUGCGUUCGAUUUUAAUAACUGGUUGUAAUCGAGGAUUAGGUUUAGGAUUAGUUCAACAUUUAACGCAAUUACCAAAUCCACCGGAAAAAAUUUUUGCUACUUGUCGGGAUAUCAACAAAGCUCAGAAAUUAAAAGAAAUAGCUGAAAAAUCAAGCAACGUCUGUAUCAUAAAAGCAGAUUUAACAAACUUCAAAGACUACGACCGGAUUGUAAAUGAAGUAAGCGCGCAAGUUGGAGAUGCUGGUCUCAAUGUUCUGUUUAACAACGCUGCUAUUUUAUUACCUUCGUCUAAACUUGACAGCGUUAAAGCUGAAGAUUUGACAGAAAAUUAUUUAGUUAAUACUGUAGUGCCUAUAAUGCUUACCAAGGCAUUCUUACCACUGCUAAGAAAAGCAGCAGCAGGAAAACAAGGCAUGAGUGUAGACCGCGCAGCUGUCAUCAACAUGACAUCUCUGAUGGGCAGUAUUGCAGACAACGGGUCAGGUGGAUCUUACCCUUACAGAUGCAGCAAAGCUGCUCUGAACGCCGCAACCAAGUCGAUGAGCGUCGACCUGAAGGAAGACGGGAUCCUGGUAGCUUGCAUGCACCCUGGCUGGGUCAAGACGGACAUGGGAGGCUCCAGUGCUCCAAUGGACAUUGACUCCAGUGUCCAUAAUAUGGUCCAGACUGUCAUGGGACUUUCUGAGAAAGACAAUGGAGCUUUUCUCAGACACGAUGGGACUAUUUUACCCUGGUAA